AUGCCAGUCAAAGACAAAAUUGGAGUUCCUCGAGAGGGCCUAGAAAUCGGGGAGGAGAAAUACAAGAAGUGGCCUAAGAAGUUGAAGAAGAAUCCCCAAAGGGUGAACCCAAAGAAGUACUACAAAUUUCAUCGAGGUACUAGCCACGACACCAAGGACUGCUUCGAUCUCAAGAAUGAGAUAGAGUCCUUCAUACAUCGAGGCCACCUCAAGCAGUACGUCGGGGGUGAGCCUAGCGCCUCGUCCUCUCAACAGCAACCGCAGCAGCAUCAGCAAGUAGCCAGCAUCAAAGAUGGAAGCACGGCCUUGGGUGGAGCCUCGGUCGUUGCUCGCAAGGCCUAUGCCAGGCAGUUAAACAUCCAGGGGCCGACCCCCAAGAAGCAGAAGCAAAAAGCGACCCUCUCCUUCACGAGCGAGGAUUUGAAGGGGUUUGCAGUCCCCCACGAGGACGCUUUGGUGAUUUCAGCCAUCAUUGCAAAGUUCGUAGAUAAGAGGAUUCUCGUUGAUAGCGGCUCCUCGGCUGACAUCCUCUUCUAUGAAGCUUUCGAGAAGAUGAGGAUAGCACCAGAGCGCCUUCAGGCAGCAGAUGUUCCACUAGUUGGCUUCUCCAACAACGUUGUCAGACUAGAGGGCAAGAUCACCCCACCCCUCACAGUAGGGAUGAAGCCUAAGCAAGCGACAAGGAUGACAAAGUUCCUGGUUGUGAGGAUUGGCUCACCCUACAAUGCAAUCACGGGAAGACCAACUCUUUACUUGCUCCAGGCGGCCAUCUCCUCCUACCACCUUGCUCUCAUGUUCCCCACCAAGCAUAGCGUCUGA